UAUUGUAGCUGUCAGUAUGUAAACAUCCAUUCGCGACCCAACACACCCGCGAACAAGCCUCUCUAACUGCGAGUUUUAACUUCUUAUUUAAAUAAUUCUGAAUCGGAAAGGGUUUGUAAUAACUCCGCGGUUGAGUAUCACCUUGCGAGGGAGCGACUGGAAGACAUUUGUGCUUGCUUUUGGUUGCGAAAAAGACGGCACCGACUAAGCUAAUCGGCGCUGGUUGACGACCACCACCACCAUGGCUGCAGCGACCGUCGUGGAGGCUGACCCGGCUGCAAGUGAAGGCGCCACCGCUUUCCCCGGCAUCCAAAACCGGGCUUGGGACGAGUCUCAGCUGCGGAAGUAUUCUUUCCCUACCAAGACGAUCCCCAGGCUUUCGCACACGGAUCCCAGAGCGGAGAUGCUAAUAAACAAUGAGGAACCGGUGGUGCUAACCGAUACGAAUCUGGUCUAUCCGGCGCUCAAAUGGGACAUCGCGUAUCUCCAGGAGAACAUCGGGAACGGGGACUUCUCGGUCUACAUGGCGGAGAAGCACAAGUUCCUCUACUACGACGAGAAGAAGAUGGCCAACGUGGACAACUUUGUCCCCAAGUCCCGACGCACGGAGAUGAAAUUCUCGGAAUUUGUGGAGAAGAUGCACGAGACGCAGCAGAGGGGAGGGGAGGACAGGGUUUACCUUCAGCAGACCUUAAACGACACGGUGGGGAAGAAGAUCGUGGUCGACUUCCUGGGUUUCAACUGGAACUGGAUCAACAAGCAGCAGGCCAAGAGGAACUGGGGCCAGCUGACGUCCAACCUCCUCCUCAUCGGCAUGGAAGGUAACGUGACGCCGGCGCAUUACGACGAGCAGCAGAACUUCUUUGCACAAAUCAAAGGCCACAAGCGGUGCAUCCUCUUCCCUCCCGACCAGUUUGAGUGCCUCUAUCCGUUCCCCGUGCACCACCCCUGCGACAGACAGAGCCAGGUCAACUUUGAUCACCCCGACUAUGACAGGUUUCCCAAUUUUAAAAAUGUGCUCGGCUACGAGGCGGUCGUUGGCCCAGGAGACGUACUCUACAUCCCUAUGUAUUGGUGGCAUCACAUAGAAUCACUGCUGAACGGCGGAGUGACGAUAACGGUCAACUUUUGGUACAAAGGUGCGCCCACGCCCAAGAGGAUAGAGUACCCGCUGCGAGCCCACCAGAAGGUGGCCAUCAUGAGGAACAUCGAGAAGAUGCUGGGAGAAGCGCUCGGCGACCCUCGAGAGGUUGGACCUUUGCUCAAAAUGAUGAUCAGGGGACGAUACGAAGAUUCUCAAACAGGGUCUGACACUUAAAACUGUGUGUGUGUGUGUGUGUGUGAGACUUUGGACUGUAUCGCUGCAUUGCAAUAAGCGGCCAUCUUGAAAACCAUCGCACCUCUCCGAGUGCCAUGAUUAUCUUUUUGCAAAUCUCAUGGGAGUUUACCGUACUUGAACAGUUUUUUUUUUUUUUAGAUAUUAUUUAUAUGACUCAUUUUCUUCUCCCAAUGUGAGAAGUUUGGAAGAGCCACUAAUGAAGGACG